AUGGAGGACACACCUCCAGAUGGCGGUGCGGUUCGCAAGAAGCCAAAAACCACAUCACGGCUUCAGCAAGAACGAAGGUAUACGUCUAAUCACAACAUCUCGAAUGAACAACCCGUAAAUCACCAAACGCAAGAACCAAUGUCAAAAUUAGCACCUCUGAUUCUACAAGGUGCACAAUUAGAUCGUUACGACCUAAAUAAAAUCAUUAAAACUCACUUACCAACUGUUCGAUUGACAGACAUUCAAUGCAAUAAAAAUGGAACGAUAACGAUGUUUGCAGCGGAUGUCAAAAGUUUCAACGAUAUUUUACUCGAAUUGCCGAAACAGAAAUUUGGUAAUGCAACCAACGUGAAGGUGUUCAUACCACGUACAAUACAGCGUGUUAUGGACACAGAAAAACAGGCGUUUUUAAAAAACGUCGAUGUACGAAUUACAACAGAUGAAAUUGAACAAGCACUGACGUCAGUCGGUCUUCUAGUCGAAAAGGUUGAACGUCUAAAAAACCACACAAAACAGCACGACGGUACGACAGUUAAAGUAACACUUGCCAACGUUUUUAACCGUAAUACGAUCGUCAGAACAGGGCUACAAAUUGACCAUAUGUUUAUCGCUACCGAGGCUGCAAGAUUUGCAACAAAACCGGUUCAGUGUUUCAUCUGUUUAGGAUAUGGACAUAUUAGUAAGUACUGUCGUGAUAAGCAGCAAAUUUGUUCGAGGUGUGCUGGCUCACAUGAUGUGAAAAAUUGCACAGAAGCUGAUUCCAAUAUCCAAUGUAAAAAUUGUAGUGGACAUCAUCAUGCUACUGAUAGUAAAUGUCCAAAAUAUCAAGAACAGAUGAAAAAACUAAAGACAACCGUUGACGACUACUCAACAAAUACGUCAAACAAGCAUCGUUCGCCACCUAAUCUUACCGAUUUGCGUGCGUUCCCGUCACUAGACGGUGCACGUCAACAAAACUCGUCGUCGUCGUCUUUAAACAAAGACAAUCUCGUCGAAGAAGUCUUUCGAAAAGUUAUGUCUAAAAUUGAGCCAGUUCUCAACCGAAUUUUAGACAGAUUAGAUGGAUUAGACUCAAAGUUAUCCACUCUAUCCUCAUCACUAUCUAUUCCGUCCACCAAAGCACAAUUUACUAAAAAUCCGCCCCAAUUCCACGAUGUCGAUUUUGAAACAGAAGACGCAUAUAUUAAUCAGGGUGGUGCAGAAGAUGAAGGUUGUAAGAGUUUUGAAAUGAAGGAAGUUUUCACUUCUACCACUACAGGCAAAAAAGAAAUUUCAACCUCCCAAUAUUUUCGAAAACCCAGUGCAACAGCAUACUAUGCUGCUGCAACGACCACCACUACUAGUAAAACACAAGCUCCGGCUUACCCAUUUCCUCAAAAAAGUUACCAACGAAAUCCCUGUUCGUUGAAACGAGUUUCAGUUUCAAGGUACAAUCCGAGACUUCAAAAAACUAUUCAGAACAGUUUAAAUCAGAUGAUCAAUUAA